AUGGGACCUCGGACUCCUUACAUCGCUACAAGCUCCGCAACGAGUGCAAGGGGUUGUUCAGAGGAUAGACCCGAUUGUAGGAAAACUAAAGUGCCAUGUACAAACUCAAUUGUUGAUGAAGAAAGUAAAGAGGAUAGACCCGAAUCACAGGAAACCAACGAUUACACUAUCGGUUCACCACAGUUAGUGCAAACGGGUGGUGAUGAUAUAAUUGAGGAGCCAAGGUCGGGAAUGGAAUUCAAUUCUUAUUAUAAGGAUUAUGCUAAGAAAUGCGAGUUUGGGGUGAUGACACAAAGGAGUGAGAUGGGAGAUGAUCAAAGUAUCAGAUAUGUCACUCUUGGUUGUGCCCAUGGAGGGAAGGCCCGGAUUAAGAGUUUGAACGUCGCAAAGCCACGCCCGACAGGAAAGAUGGAUUGUAAGGCAAGGAUUAAUGCCUUAAAGGUUGAAAGAAAGAUGCGGUUGACAACAGUCCAUAAUACACAUAAUCACAGCCUCAGUCCAAAGAAAUCUCGUUUCUUUCGUUGUAACAGAGAAGUGAGUGAGACUGUAAAAAGAGUCCUAGAUACAAUCAACUUGGCUGGGAUCUGGUUGAAUAAGAUUUUCAGAUCUCUUAUCAUUGGUGCAGGUGGCUUCGAGAACCUCCCAUUUUUGAAAAAGGAUUGUCGGAAUUAUAUUGACAAAGCAUGUCAUCUACGACUUGGUGCAAGUGGUGCUGAAGCACUUCGAGAUUAUUUUUUUAGGAUGCAGUACAAGAAUAAUGGUUUUUUUGCAUUGAUGGACUUAAGUGAUGAUGAGAGGCUAAAGAAUUGUAUGGAUGGUAUACCUCCAAAAGCUAUUAUUACUGAUCAAGAUAGAGCAAUGAAAAACGCAAUUGCUAAUAUCUUUCUAGAAAGUCAGCAUAGAUUCUGUCUAUGGUAUAUACUGAAGAAAAUUUCUGAGAAACUUGUGUCAUAUGCUGCCUACAAAAGUGGACUAAAAAGCCACCUAAUGAAAUGUGUGUACGACACUCAAACAAUUGAGGAGUUUGAUAAAUGUUGGGAUGGGUUACUUAACACAUACGAUUUAUAUGAGAAUGUCUGGUUGAAAAGUUUAUAUGAUGAGUGUCAGCAUUGGGUACCAGUAUUCUUAAAAGAGCACUUCUAG